AUGCUGUCCGGUGAACACCUACAGGAUGCUCCCCCACACCUCUCCAGGACCCUUACACAGAAUGAAGGACAGACCUCCUUGAGGCAGAGUAGCAGCUGUGGUUCGUCUGCUGCCUCUGCCUCUGCCUCUGCCUCUGAGUUAUUGUCAGGUUCCACCAGGUCAAGAAUUCCUCACAGUAAAAUGCUCCAAGGAAUGCUUCUCAGAAUCGUCUCUCCCAUGUUUCCUGCUAAUCUUCACUGCUGCUAUGCAGUGAUCAUGGUCCUCACUGUAGCUGUAAUUGCUCUAUCUAUUGCUUUGUCAGUAGGAAAGACAGAACAGAUCUCAAUCAAAAACAACUAUGUAGCUUGCCCAAGAAACUGGAUUGGAGUUGGAAAUAAAUGCUUUUACUUUUCUGAAUACUCACAUAACUGGACAUUCAGCCAGACCCUCUGUAAGACACAAGAGGCUGAACUAGCACGAUUUGACAACGAGGAGGAGCUGAAUUUCUUAAGGAGAUACAAAGGGAGUUUUGAUUACUGGAUUGGCCUGCACAGAGAGUCAUCAUCACAGCCUUGGAAGUGGACAGACAACACUGAGUAUAACAACUCGGUUUCCAUCCGAGGAGAUGAACUACUUGGUUUCCUGAGUGACAGUGGGAUCAGCAGUAGCAGGAACUACAUAAAAAGGAAUUGGAUUUGUAGCAAGUCCAACAGCUACACCUCACAGUGCCCGUAGUUUUGUGUCCUGGGUAGAGAGUUUGUCCUAGCAAUCAUGAGAAACACAGAACAUGCUAUCUACAGUUCCUGC